UCCUGCAAAUUACCGUCACGCGCCACACGCGGUUGCCAAUGCCAUCUCUAAAGAGAAGGUAUCCGUGUCAAAAGAAAUACAAAAUAAAAUUCUCUUAUAAUCGCGUGGGGUCUACAAAGAUAGCCAAUCAGAACACAAAACAUCCCAAUUUUUGCCUUUCUCUACAUAAUAAUUAUAAUUAUUAUUAUUAAAAAUUGAUUUCUGGGAGAUUUCUUUUUUAAGCUUUAUUUUUGCCUCUUUACAUUUCUCCGCUAUUUUCAGCAACAAAAAAAAAAAAAAAAAAAACACCCAAACAGACAAUAGCCUAGGGCAGGAGGAUCUCUCAGGUGAUGGCUUCAAAGCGGAUCUUGAAGGAGCUCAAGGAUCUCCAGAAAGAUCCUCCUACCUCUUGCAGCGCAGGCCCUGUUGCUGAAGACAUGUUUCAUUGGCAAGCAACUAUUAUGGGUCCUCCUGACAGUCCAUAUGCUGGUGGAGUGUUUCUAGUCACCAUUCAUUUCCCUCCGGACUAUCCAUUUAAACCACCAAAGGUUGCAUUCAGGACAAAGGUCUUUCACCCAAAUAUUAACAGCAACGGUAGCAUUUGCCUUGAUAUUUUGAAGGAGCAGUGGAGCCCUGCCCUCACCAUAUCCAAGGUAUUGCUAUCUAUCUGCUCACUCUUGACGGAUCCGAAUCCUGAUGACCCAUUGGUGCCGGAGAUUGCCCACAUGUACAAGACUGACAAGAGCAAGUAUGAGACAACGGCUCGAAGCUGGACCCAGAAGUAUGCGAUGGGUUAACGUGCUACUACGCAUGUAAAAAGGAGGGCUGCAUUCCAAAUAACUUUGGUCUUUAAAUUAAAAUGUGUAAGAAUCAAAUAUGCGUGAACUGUCACCUCUAUAUUUAGUGGACCAAGCCCUGCUUGUUUGUAUGGAAAAUUAUGUUUGAAACUAAAAAAAGAGCCCCCCCAACUCUUCUAAUACCCUCUCGUUUCCAGUCUACCGAAGCCCGGGUGUUCUUGCCAUUAUUACUGAAAGCUUUGAAGACCUUUCCUUUGGUGUGCGUGUUGAAACUGGAACCUUUUGAUGCUUAAAAUGACGAAUAAACAUCCUGUUUGUAGAAGACGUUACCAAAAA